AACGGGAGUGAAUAAAAGAAGCUCUGGCUUACACAGGGAUAAGAACGAUAAAGGCGAACUCUCUCCUUCCCCCCACCGCGUCGGCUCUGCUUCUCGUCGGAAACCCUAGAUGAUCCACCGCCUUCCAUCCUGGACGGGCCUCUGGUUCGCUUCCGCCACAGCAGCCUCAACUAAAAGGCCUCUCCACCAUGCGCUCUUCGACAUGCGGCUCGGCGAUCAAACCCAAACCCUAACGAAAACGCCGACUCUACCCUGCGAUGGAGCCGGAGAUCUCACUCUGCUGCUCUCGGACGAACUUCUUCUCCGCGUUCUCGCCGCUGUCCCUGACUCCCUUCGCCUCCCCGCCUCCCUCGUUUGCAAGCGAUGGCUCCGCCUUGUCGGCCGCCUUCGCCGUUCGCUCACCCUACUCGAGUGGUCCUUCCUCAACACCGGCCGCCUCCCCCUCCGCUUUCCGGACCUCACCGACCUCGACCUCGUCCCCGCAUCCUUCGCCUCGCCUUCGGGGUCCGCUGCCGGCGCGCCGCUGCUCACCAGCGGCCCCGUCUCCGUUGUCGUAGAUACCCACGCCGACCCUCCCAUCGGCGACUGCCGCUUCCUCGAUCCGGAUGCGAUAGAUCGCUGCCUCGAGAUCGUCGCCCGUGAAUGCCCCGGGCUCCGCAAGCUGUCCCUCGUCGCUGUUGCCUCCGAAACCGGGCUCAUGGCGGUCGCUGGUGGAUGCGAAACGCUGCAGGAGCUGGAGCUUCACCGGUGCUCCGACCUAGCCCUCCGCCCCAUUUCCGUAUUCGCUAAUCUCCAAAUCCUGAAGCUGGUGGGAUCCGUCGAGGGGCUCUAUCGCGGGCCCGGUGUCACCGACAUUGGGCUCACGAUACUUGGCCACGGCUGCAAGCGUCUGGUGAAGCUCGAGCUCAGUGGGUGCGAGGGAAGUUACGACGGCAUCUCUGCCAUCGGGCGUUGCUGUUUGAUGCUCGAGGAACUGACGAUCGCCGACCACCGGAUGGACGCCGGGUGGAUGACUGCGUUGUCCUUCUGUGCGAACCUAAAGACGCUGAGACUUCAGAAUUGCAGGAGCAUAGACACUGAUCCGGGGCCAUUGGAGCACCUAGGAGCUUGCCCGGCCAUGGAGACACUGCAAAUUCAGCGGUGCCAGCUGCGGGAUAGAAGAAGCUUGCAAGCGCUGUUCGUGGUGUGCGAGACGAUUAGGGAUCUUGUGCUUGAAGAUUGUUGGGGACUGGAGAAUGACUUGUUCAGUCUCGCGAGCAUAUGCAGGAGGGUGAUGUGUCUCUCCUUGAAAGGAUGCUCACGAGUAACGACUGCAGGAUUGGAACAAAUAGUUCUGUCCUGUAUAGAUUUGCAGAGACUAACAGUUGUCUCAUGCAAUAAAAUCAAGGACAGUGAAGUAUCUCCUGCUCUAUCAAGCCGUUUCUUAUAUCUCAAAGAGUUGAAGUGGCGUCCAGAUUCAAAGUCUGUCCUGGCUAUGAGCCUCAUGGGGAUGCGUCUUGGAAGGAAGGGUGGGAGAUUCUUCAGAAGGCGAACGCUAUGGGUUCAACACCGACUAAAGGAGAAUGAGGACGAACUGUGAAAAAGUAUGUGUUACCCAUAGGAUGUACAUGAUGAAAAAAAACAAGGAUCUGCCAUACGGUGACAGAUUGAAACACUCAUGGAUGCAACAUUAGGGAAUUUCGGUUGCUCGUCCGUAUGGUUUCUUAAUUCAAAUGGUAAAACUUUUUGGGUGAGACACUACGAAGUGGCACAUGUAAUGAGGGUAUAUUACAAUUUACUGACUCAUAGAGCCAUUUUUUCCAGUUAGCCCACACUUGGCAGAAAGCUGUCGGCUUAUGUUAUGCCACUAUUACACAUGGUUUCGAAUGGUGGAAGUUCUGUUUUCUCA